GGAACAGGCCGCCGCGCGCGGUGCACGGACCCGCAGCCCCCGCCGGCCCGGCCGGGUCGGGCGGCCCAGGGCCCCACCUUCCUAUUUCUCCCCGGCCACAGCCCGCCCAUCACAGUUGAGGAGCUGUUUGCCUGAAGUUAAUUUCCGGAGGCAGGAGCCCCCAGGGCUGGCCAGGGGAUGAACCGCGAGGGGGCGCCCGGGAAGAGCCCGGAGGAGACGUACAUUCAGCAGAAGGUUCGAGUGCUGCUCAUGCUGAGGAAGAUGGGAUCCAAUCUGACGGCCAGCGAGGAGGAGUUCCUGCGCACCUACGCGGGGGUGGUGAACAGCCAGCUCAGCCAGCUGCCCCAGCACUCCAUCGACCAGGGUGCAGAGGAUGUGGUGAUGGCAUUUUCCAGGUCGGAGACGGAGGACCGGAGGCAAUAGCGGUGAACCCCUUGGAACACCCUGGAAGCUGCCAGAAGAUCUGUGAGGACCUCGGCCAGCUGAGUGGCGGCAGAUGACCUUCCCGGUUCCCCUGCCCUUACACCCCCACCCCACCCGCCCCGCCCCACAGUCACUCAGCAGGGCUGGCAUCAAGGGAGCCACCCGGUGGUGCAGUUACAAUUGGCUUAAAGGGACGGACUCCUGAUUGGCUGCAGAAAGAAACCCUUUUAUUUUUAAAUCUUGACCAACAGACACCUUUUAUUUUUAUUUCUGACUUUUUUUUUUUUUUUUUUUUUUUUUUUUUUUAAUUUGCGCCUCGGUGUAUGGCUUCCCAGGAAGCUCUCCGAGAUCUGGUGCUUUAUUUAGGUCACUUUUUAGGAAUGUGAAGAGGCCUGAUUGGCUGCUUAAACUGGAAAAGGAUUUUGAUUGGCCGGCUAGCGGGGAAUGGUUUUUUUCUUUGAUUGGCUGCAGGUGUUCUGCUGAUAGCAACAGCUUCUCUCUUUUGAAUGCUGAAAACAGGGUUCGGGACAUUGGUUGUUAUAUUUGACUUGAAAAGAAAAAAAAAAGAAAGAAAGAAAGAAA